CAGAGCGUGGAUAAAAGGCUGGUAUGUCCACAUGACAGCCAACAGUGUGCAGUGAGACAGUCGCGAUACGCACAAUGUCACGCACAAUCUUGGUCAAGAUUUUGGCUUUCGUUGUUACUCUCAUAGGAACCUGUAAGGCGUCUGUUGCGGAUCCAUGCCAGAACUGUGAAGAGGCAAUUGCCCAGUGCUACUCAUCAAAUGGACUCGAGCCACCAGAUGAUUUGUCUUAUCUGGCAAAAGAAGCUUGUACCCCGCCUACAUAUGAAUCAUCCGAAGAGUCAGAUGGAAUAUCUACACCAGAGGAAUCAUAUGCGUCUGUUCACAUCACUGAACACAUGUUUUCCCAGCUAGCAACAGCACUAAAAUAUUGCCAUAAGCAAGACAACUUAAUAAAAGCUUAUGAAUGUACUAUUCAGCUAGGGACAACGUGUCAACAAAUACAAGCAGUCAACAUGACAGAUUGGAAGACUGCAUUCGAAGAAAGUUUGAAACAAAUGUGUAUGUAUAAAGGAUCGUUUGACGUCAACUGUCUAGAAAGCAAAUGGGAACUUACGUUGAAAUGCGAGACAGACAUAAAGAAAAACAGCACUCUUCAGAGCGGCAGCGCUGAUGUCUUUGCCGAGCAUAAUGUGACUUGCGCGUCUAGGCAAUUACAGCUGACGUGUAGACAGCAGCUCUUAAGACCUUGCGGCUGUGGCACAGUUAGAUACUUCACUGAUAGAUUUACACAACGUUGGCCAGCAGAAUGCAUUCCUCAAAUUCCUGAUCCCGUAGCGUGUGAUCCUCAUGGACUAGCCACGCCUUCUUGCUUUGUGAAUAUGGCUUUGCUCGCUGCUUUAAACCUGGUGGCUUACUAUGUCUCUUAGUACUGACUACAGAAAUAAUAGCUGACAUAGGCUAGUGGUACAUGCAUUGAAAUUCUGAAGGCUGGUAACGAGAGCAAACUGCAUCCGAGUCUAAACAUGAACAAAGAUGGAUGCAAAACAUAUCGGCCAAAUGUCAUGUAGUCUUUUUUCAAACACCGGUGCGUCUUUCUAGCUUCUAGACAUUUUUUAUACAAAGGUAAAACUUUUCUUUUUAAAUGGGCUCAAGUUAUUUUACGAUCGACAAAGUUUGUCAUAAUGUGAGCUAUAUUAACACUAACAACCAGAUGUGUCAGUCCCAAACAAGUACGCUUAAAUGUCUAUGGUAACACAUACGCCUUGUGCAAGUACUGAUCAUACUUAGGCCUACAGUCACGUAAUUCACUCUCUCACAGACUGGCACUAGUGAUGCUCUCGCUGUACAACCCACAGAAACGUAUUAUGUCAUAAACAUGCAUCAGGUGUUUACAGGGCCUGGCCGAGUACACAAACACACACACGCGCACACACACAUACAGGCAGACAGACACCCACCCCCACACACACACACACACGCAUAGGCCUACACAAAUCUGAUUCUAUACAUACAUAAUAUGUAAAAAAAAAAAAAAAAUUAAAAAAACCAAAAAAAACCCCCACAUAUCCUACUCAAGAUACAAGUCAAUAAAAGAUAAAUUCCGAUUCUACACCCAAGCACAGUUUUCAAAAAUUACAUUCAACCCAGCUCAUUAUGUGGUCGUUACAAUAUUCAAUCAAUCUUAUUUAGACAGUAAUAAUUAUAAAAUAUAUUUAUUUAUGUGUGUUUUAGUGUUCAUUCAUUCAUUGUCUGUUAGCUCUUGUUUCAACAGACAUACCUUGCAGAUGCACAUGUAUAUUGCAUCACGGUAAUUAUAAUCAGUUUUCAAGUGAGUGGUUACUAUCUUUUUCUCAUGAAACUAAUUCGUCUGGAAAUGCUUUCAUUUUAAAUCAACUUUUGUGCAUAAGAUAGAGGAAGAAAUCCGCCUUAAUUCUAAUCUAUUCUCUUACAAUUUCCUUUCAAGAAGCAGCAGAGUACAUUGUAUUUGUUCAACUUCCCACGGUAUCGGAACCGAAAGAGUCAAAGCUUUGUUAAAAAUUCACAGCCGGCUAUUGAGUAAUAAUCUUUAAUUAAUAAAUUCAUUCAUAUUGUUACAUGGGAAGUGCAAUUCUCAUGAAAUUGAAGAACAAGAGUUUCACUUUAUUGUUCAAGCCGUGCAUAUCAAAGGAAAUUAAUCUCACUCCCUCCUAACUCUACAAUUUUUAACACACAUACAGGCAUAGAUCUGAUCUAUGUAAAAACCUAUAGAUGUAGCACAAAACGUUUUUAAAUCAAUGUUAUUGAUAUGCGUGUAUUUAUAAUUUAAAAUGCAGUUUUAAGGAAGUCUCUUUUGUAAAAUGUGUAUGCUUUAUAUGUGAUGUGGGCCACUGGCCUUAAACACUAAAUAAAACAAAGGCCCACCCCUAUUUUUUACAC